AUGAGCAGUUUUUUGCACAACGCGCUCAACACGUUCAAGUCCUGCCAUUUUCUUGGUGUGGCCAUCGGUAUGAACGAGUAUGGCCAUCAUCACGUGACGGUUCAUCCCUGGGAGCCAUGGUGGGAUGAGGUUUUUUCACGCUUCGGCUUCGAGGUCGAUUCAGAGUUGACAGCUUUAAGUCGCCAACCGGAGUAUGGCACCGAGGAACGGCGAGGGCACACGUGGUGGAGCGGCGGUGCAAACAACCACGCCCCGGGAAAGAUUUUGAAGAACGUGAUGUUGGCAAAUGACGCGGACCCAAUAACCUACUACCAGCAGAUCGACUGGACGCAGCGAGUGCCAGGGGUGAGGUAG